UCUUCAAAAGUAGACGGAUCAGACUGGGAGGAGAGAAAAGUGGCAAUCUAUGGGAAUUCAAAUGAUGAGGAAGUUUACUAUUCUUGUCAGCCAACAGGAACAGGACCACAGACUCAGAGCCAUUCUGCAGUCCAGAAGGAAUGGAGGACUUUGUUGUGUCUGAAGGUGCUGUGUGUUCUGACGGCAGCAGGGAUCAUCGCCCUCUCCAUAUGCUACCUUCUUUUGUCUUUGGAAAACAACAAAAUGAACAACAGUUACAACCAACUGCAGACUAAACUUUCAGUCAUGAUGGUCAACAACAGUCGUCUGGAGGAUGAAAUCAAGCAGCUGAGAGAUGAAAAUGAAGUCGUGACAAUUGACCACAGACGUCUGCAGGACGACAUGAAGAAUCUGAAGAUCAAGACUGACAAUAAAAAGUGUCGUAAUGGAUGGAUGAGAUUUGGAUGCAGCUGCUACCUCAAAUCUACUUUCACCACAUCUUGGGAUAAGAGCAGGAGCGACUGUCAGAAUAAAGGAUCUGAUCUGGUGAUCAUAGACGACGAAGAGGAACAGGGUUUUAUCACAAAGCUGAAUCAGAAUGGAGAAUCCUGGAUUGGUCUGGAAGUUGGAUGGUCCACACAAAAGGAGAAAUAUGAUUGGAAGUGGGUGGAUGGAUCACAGCUAACAGAAAUAUUCGAGAAAAAGGAGAAGAUAGAAUUCACUGACUACAACACUGCAGUCUAUUUAAAUGCUGAGGGGAAAUGGAAAAGUCUGCCCAAAACUCGCCAUAAAACCUUCAUCUGUGAGAUAUGAAGUUGAUGCUUUUAUUGCUGUUGCAGGUUUGUGCAGAGAUUGAACGGUUUACAUUAUAAUCAUGAAACUUCCAUUUCAAUUUCUUCACUUUAAGACAUUGUUCUUGAGGUAAAAUGUACGUAUCUCUUGUUUUUGAUGUUUUAUUGAAUGUAUUUCUAAUCUUAAGAACACUGUUUUUACGUUGUGUCCACAGAUGGUCAAUGAGUCUGUUCAUGUGAAAAUAUUUGAAUGUAUUUUCUGCCUUAAGACCAAAGUGUUGCUUUUAUGGUUUUAUUUGUGCAAAAUAAAAACUUGAAUAAGUUAAUUA